UGCAAAUAGAUUGAACUUAAAUGGCUUAUGAAUAGCAUUUUAUAUUUAAUCAGGUUUUAAUUUUUUUAAUUUUAGUAAAAAAAAUUAUUUUAUGAUUACAGAUGAGCAACAUUUAACAGUAUGCGAAGAUAUUCAUGUAGAUGAUAAUAUGGGCAAUGAAGACAAAGCAUUAGAUAUUAUUAUUCCAGAUUUAAAUAGUGCAAUGACUGUUAAAGAUAUUAAUGGUGAUCAAGAUAUUAUGACUGAUGAGCAACAUUUAACAGUAUGCGAAGGUAUUCAUGUAGAUGAUAUUAUGGACAAUGAAGACAAAACAUUAGAUAUUACUAUUCCAGAUUUAAAUACUUCAAUAGCCAUUAAAAAUGUUAAUGGUGAUCAUGAUAAUGUAUCAGGUAAAUUAAAGACUUAG